AUGUAGUUAACUAAAAAAUUUGAAGAAUUUUAAGACCUUGAUCCAAUUGAACAUUUUCCUUAAAGACGAAUAUCAAGAACGAUGGGUUAUCAGAAUAGCAAAUCGAUUUAAGAGGAAGAUGAAGAGCAGUCAUCUUCAAGUAUGCUAUAGCCUAAGCCAAAAUUACCAAUAAUGAAUUCAUAAAUUUAAUAGCCAUGUGAUUUUAGUGGGAGUGAUAUGAAAAUACCAACAAUUUAUACUAAUAUGCAUUCAAACAAAAGUUUGGAUAAGAAUUCUUUAUAAUAGGAAUCAAAAAUAAAAGUUGUUGAAAAUAACAGUGGUAGUAGAUUUAUGGAUGUUUCUUUAUUAGACCCUCAAGAUUUAUAAUAAUCUGAAUCUGUAAAUUGAUAAUUUAUAAUGUAGGUUUAGUCAAAAUUGAUGAAUAAAAAUAAAUAAUCUAGUCUAAAUUCUUUUCAUGUAAAGAACUUAGUAAAUAAAUUUGUUUAGCGUAUAAAAAGUAAGAUACAAUGGAGUUAAUUAAAAGAUGUAACAUUGAUUGAUGAUUAAGCUUAGAGUAAUAAAUUUAAAUAUAAAUAGUCUAACCUUAAAUGUAUAAAUGGUUCACUAUUUUCUACUUUGGAUUAACAUCAAUCAUCAUAUUAAUUUCAUCAAUAUUUAUUCCACUUCAAAUUGCUGGAGAAGCUAGCUAUGAAUUUUUAACAUAUUUAAUACAUGGUUUAGCAAUUUUGUAAAUAGCUGCCGAUCUUCAUUUUAAAAGAGGACCUUUUCAAAUAAUUGAGGGUAAGUUUAAUAGUGAAUACAUUGAUAAUUCUAAAAUGAUCCUAGAUUUAGGUAGAUUAGCUGCAGUAGUAAUUUUAAUAUUCUCAUAUUAAUAUGAACUUAAAUACGUCAUCAUACCUUAUAUGGUAUUGUAAUUGAUAAGAUAAGGCGAACGUUUUGAAAACAUUUACACUUCAACUUAAUUAAUAAUUUAUAUUAUAAUACUUUGGGUAGUAUUAAUAAUGACAUUUGCUUGUUUAUUAGAAUAAGAUGAAGGAAUUCAUUAUUCACUGUCAUUAGCAGUAUCCAUAUUAACACAUAAUGGUGCUAUAUCUAUUGAAGUGACUCCUUAGAAUGCUGUACUUUUGCAAAGCUUUAUGAUUAUUAGCUCAAUUACAAUGAUUUAUACAGCAUCUAAUAUAUUUAUUUGGAUCAAACCAAUAAUAAAAUUGGAAGAAGAGAAAGAGAAACAUCUUGUUUCAUUUUUAAAUGGAAUUAAAGAUAAAAACAUUGAUUAUGGAUUACAAUGUCGUUGUUACUCAUAUUUAGAAUAUGUUAUUGAUGUAAUGAUUAUCAUCAAUCUAAGAUUAGGAAGACAUCAUUAAGACCAGAGAUCUUUUAGCCAAAAAGUUAUCUCCAGGCCUUUAAGAAGAACUUUAAGUUUCUAUUCGUUCUAAAAUGGUUGAUAAAAUUAAAUUGUUUAAAAGGUUUUCAUCUAGUUUGAAAUAACAACUAAUUUAUUGGUUUGAGAUUGCAUAGUAUAAUCCAGAAGAGAAUAUUAUUUAGGUAACAGAUACUAUUCAAAAUUAUAUAGGAACAUUAAAUUGAAGAUUUCUGUCUCUAUUUUAUUUUGAAAGGAAAAGUGAAAAUAUAAUUUUAAGGAUAUUUUCAAGGUAAACCAAAAAGAACUUUUCAUAUUUUAUAAGAAGGAUAGACUUUUGGUGAGUUUUCUUUUGUAAGUGGAAUUCCUCCUUACAUUUCUAUAAAUAGUUAAGGAUUGAGUACAGUUUUAAAAUUGAGAAGAUCAGAUUUCUUGGAAAUUAUAAAGACUUUUCCUUAAGAUAAUGAGAUUUUUUGUUUAUUCAAGGAUAAUUGUUAUUAGAAUCAUAACAUGUUUGAAUGUCAUUAUUGCAAAAUAAAGGGUCACUUAUUAUUUGAAUGUCAAUACUUACAAUAUUAUCCAAAAAGAUUAAAUGUAAUUGAAAAACAUAUAUACCCUCAUCCACAAUAACGUUUUAAGAGUGAAAGGAAACAUAAAGAACCAAAAGCAUUAUCGAUGUUAUUUGUUGUAGGUGAAAGAGCCAAACAAUACUAAUAGAAAUUAUCUUAAGAAGUAAUGACAUCAGAAGACUUCCCUAUGUCAUCAUAAUUACCUUAUAGUGAAAGUAUUUAUAUAUAUUAAUUUUAAAUAGAUUAAACCUAGCAAUCCCCAAGUUAUUUGAGUAAAACCCAAUCAGUACAUAAAUAUAGUCCAGAUCAUUUGAGUGAUAAUCCUGAUAGUGAUGGAGAUCAAUUCUAUGAAGAUUUAGCUAUAGAUCCAGUACUUAACAGUCAAUUAAGAAAAUAAUAAAAUAAAACUACUUUAAGAACUGCAGGAUUUCCCUUCAUGUCUGAAACUCUAGGUAUUUAAGGUUAAAUUACUUAUGAUAGAAAAUUUACACAAAGAUAAACUUCAAGUAAUUACUGAAUAAUCUUAAAGUAAAUAAUUGGAUUCUCUCAACUCAAAACAAGAGGAUACAAAUUAAUUAAGCAAAUAAAGUAGUGGUUCUCAAGCCUUUGCUAAAAAAAAUCAUCUCUAUACUGCUGCUCGUUCUAUGCAUACUAAAUUAACUUUUAGAUACCAAUAAUAAUAAUCUGGAUAAAUGGAGGAUCAAAUAUAAUUUUAACAAUAAUAAUAGAAUUCUAUUAGAUAGACCUCAAAUCGAUCAAACACAUAUUCCAAUCCAUUAUCCAAUAAUUUAUCCAACAAUCCCUCAAGUAAUUCUAAAGCUAAUACUAAAUCUGCUAGAGUCUCUCCAACACAAUUUCAAUAACCUCCUCCAUAAAAAAAAAAGGACGAAAGAGCAUCGCAUAGUGAUUAAUCACUCUCAGAACAACAAAGACAUACUAAUAGAAAAAAAAGCACUAAAACUGGUACUAAGGUGAGUAUCAUGAAUUAGAUGUCUCAAUUCUAAAUUAUUAAUACUCCUGAAGUAUUUUAUUUGAUAUAUCUAUAGAAUCAUAACUAUUAAUAGACUGAUAUUGUUUUUAAUAAAUUUGAAAAGAUGCAUUUAUUUAAGUAUUAUAAUCCACAUAAUAACUAUGAUAAUGUUAUAGUAAGGUACAAUUAAUAAUGAAAGUAUAGAAUGAACAAAUUCCAUAGAUUGAAAAAGAGCAAGCCUAUACAUUACACUAUAAAAUGCUUUGUCUCCUCUAAAAUAAAGAGAGUGAAGAAGAUUUUGAAUUCUUAAGUAUGA